CUGUAUAGUUAGUUCAAGAUGUUAGUACUCAUUUAAGUGGUGGAUUCAAGAUUUUAGACCAGCAAGUCCAGUGUAUCGUUAUAUCACUACUCCGUUGUGACUAUAGGUGUCUUUAUUUCUUCUGUUCCACAAUUGUAAUUGGCAUCUGGCAUGGGACAGAACAAAUUCGCAGCAAAAUUUGUAAACUGAGUCAGAAAAAUGGGUGCUUGUGUAUCGACUCCAGGCCAUACGAUCAAAGUAAAGAAGAGACAUCAUCAUCGUCGUCGUCAUAGAAAAUUCCGUGGAAAGAAUUUGAUCUCUCUUGUAGAAGGAACCAGGAGAAGAAACAGUGAUGUAGGACCACAAAUUACUGUUAGUGAGUUUGUUAGAAGAUCUGAGGUCUCCAAUUCCAAAUACUAUCUUACUCAGUUGCAGUGGCAUCAUACUCAAACAGAUGCAACUGUUCUUAGCCAAGAAGAAGCUUGGUUUGAUACAUGCAGCAAUGUUGACUCUGACUCAGAUGAUGACUUCAGUAGCGUCUAUGGAGAUCUAUUCCCAAGAACUGGACAAGUGCUUCAAUAUGAAACUUCAUCAUGCUUUAUGGAUAACAACCUUAAGUACAAGGAGUACCACGAAAGAUAUCUCAAGAUGGAUGGCAGUAGAUCAGAUAAGCUUUUGCUCAAAUAUGGAGUUAAUAGUCCGAAAGGACUUGCACUUAUAGGUGGUCAGGGCUAUGAAGCUCCAUCCCUUGGGAAGCACGAAGUCCUUGGUGCCCAAAGGAAGAGAUAUUUGGAUCGUGCAUAUGGAAGUUUUAAUAGUGUUAAGGAGGAUAAACUUGGUAUGCUGGAAAAAACUCAAGAGAAUGUGCUUAAGACUGUCCUACCGAAGCUGGUUACUUCCUUGAGUUUCAAUGAACAGAUCAUUAGUGCAUCGAAAUCAGGCCAAGUUUCUCAAGUAAAGCAAUCAACAAUAAGGCUUUCUCUAAAGAGAACAUCUGUGGAUGGCAAAGAAGAGGAUAAAUAUUGUGCAUCAAAAAAGUAUCUUUAUCGUCCCAGGGCCGGGCUGCAAAUUCCUUGUUGCACAGAAGAAAAGUUAACUGCAAGAAGUUGGUCAAAGAUUGAUCCCUCAAAUUUUAAGCUACGUAGCGACAGUUAUUUCAGUGACAAGAGAAAAUCUCCUGCUCCAAGUGUGUCUCCUUAUAUUCCUAUUGGGGUUGAUUUAUUUGUGUGUCCUAAGAAGAUAAAUCACAUUGCACAACACCUUGUGCUUCCCUCUGUAAAAGGAGAUGGAAAAUUUCCUCCAUUACUAAUUGUCAAUAUUCAGUUGCCAACUUAUUCAGCUCCAAUGUUCGUUGGUGAUGGUGAUGGAGAAGGCUUGAGCCUUGUCAUAUACUUCAAAAUUUCUGAAAGUUUUGACAAAGAUGUUUCUCCCCAGUUUCAGGACAACAUCAAGAGAUUAGUUGAGGAUGAUAUGGAAAAGGUUAAAGGAUUUGCAAGAGAAUCAUAUGUUCCUUUUAGAGAGAGGUUGAAGAUUAUGGUUGGAGUGGUUAAUCCAGAUGAGAUUGUUUCAAAUGCUACUGAAAGUAAGCUUUUGAAUGCUUACAAUGAGAAGCCAGUGCUUUCGCGCCCUCAACACAGCUUUUAUCAGGGACCAAAUUACUUCGAGGUUGAUCUUGACAUUCAUCACUUCAGCUACAUUGCAAGAAGGGGACUAGAUUCUUUUAGGGAGCGUUUAGGAUUCGGGAUACUGGAUCUUGGUCUAACAAUUCAGGCGCAAAAGUCAGAGGAAUUACCGGAGAGAGUGCUUGGAUGUGUGAGAUUGAACAAGAUUAACUUUGUUGAUAAUGACCAAAUACCAACACUUAUGUGUGCUGAAGAUUCAUUUUCAGAUUGAUAUUACUACUGUCUCCU